CAACUUUCUCGACAUGGCCAAUCCCCGUCAGCGACGUAAGACCCGUUCGUCAACUCACAAGGCCGUUUCACAUUCCCGACACGCAAAACGAAAUCUCAAAAAGAUGCCUCCCAUCCGUGGUCCCAAAGCGCUACAGGAAGCUUGGGACAAGAAGAAAACCGUGAAGCAAAAUUAUACCGCGCUUGGAUUAAUCCAUAGCACAAACCCUUCGGCGUCUGGAGGCAACGAGCAACCAUCAACGCACCGUAUCAUUGAAAUCCCCGCCGAGAUACCCUCCGCGUCAACGACAGUCGACCGAACUAUCCCGGUUGGCUUUGGAAAAAUUAUUCGUGACGAAGCCGGAAACGUUUUACAUGUAGAGCUCAACGACACGGAAGAAGAAAGCGCCGCGACCGUCGCGAACUCUACCGAGAUGAAAAACAUUCAAAUAGAUAAUGACAUUACGACACGGUGGGUAACAGAUCUCGGGGGUCAUCCAAAGGACAUCGCCGUCAGUGAAAAAGGUGGUCAAUUGCUGGAGACCCUAGAAUCACUCUCCUGUAUAAAGCAUAUGGGAUCUGCGACGUUGUCCGUACCGCUCUCUGGCGCUGGGCCUCGACACGCUGCUGCUGGAGAAGUUGCUUAUCUGCAGCGGCUGGUGAAGAAGUACGGAAACGACGUGGAAAGGAUGGCGAUAGAUCGGAAACUGAAUCCAGAUCAGCGAACCGCAGGGCAGCUGAAAAGGGCUCUAAGAAACUCUGGGUUGCAAAUCAGCAGUUGACAUGUUGAACUACAGGUUGCCCUUUGUCUUGAAGUCGAAGACACAGAAAAACUGAGGAGAAUGGGGAUUGAGAUACAAGAUCUGAAGGCUGCCAUGGAGUGUGGGAAGAGAAGGAUGGAGUUGAUGUUUCCAAAUUGGAUUCAAUUACGAUGUUUGAAUUU